AUGCGAAGCAGGGCACAUUCGACGAGCACCAGCACCCAGCAAAAAGCACCAGCACGAGCCUGCCUGUCCCGAGUUGUCGGGCGAGUUCCGGAUAUUGCUCAAUGGUCCUUGCUGACAAAAAGCCGGCUCCGAGUGGGAAAAAGGCAUCUCUUCGAGACAAAAGCAGAAGAGCAUGCAUACUGGGACCGGCCCCCCUCAAACUAUUCCCAAAUCGACAACUGCAUCGUGGUCUUGGGUCUUUUCCCCCCCCUGCCCUCUUGGCCUGUCCAUCCCCCUCAAAAAGCAAAAGCAAAACGCACCCCCUGA